AUGCUCCGGUCGCACUCUGACGCGCCAUGCCGCACUUCUGCUGCCGACCAAUCGCAGAGCUCGAGAGACGCCGUCAGCCAAUCGCAGGGGACGAGGGAGCCGGCGGUCCAAUCGCAAGGCUUGAGAGACGCAGAACGGGAUGCUGUUGUGACGGCGUGCGGCAAUGAGUCCUGUGGGGAUAGUGAUGGUGAUGAUGUGGCUGGUGGUGGUGGCGGUGCUGGUACUGAUGGUGAUUUAGGUGCUGUGGUGGGUGAUGGUGUCGCCGCUGCUGCUGUUGCCGAUGGCAAGGCUGAUGCGGGUGCUGGGGGCAGAAACGGCGGUGGUGGCGCCAUGGUUAAUAAGGGGGAUAGUGGCGAUGGGGGCGCCACCUUAGCGGAGCAGCUACUGGCGAGGAUGGAGGAGGUGGCGAGGCUGAGUGAGGAGAACGUGCGAUACCGAGCCGUCUUUGAGCUGUCCAUGGACCCCAUAUUCAUCUUCCGUCUGCAUGAGGAGUCGAUAACCCUGAUGCUGACCCCAUAUUCAUCUUCCGACCCCAUCUUCAUCUUCCGUCUGCACGAGGAGUCGAUAACGGACUGCAACGAGGCGGCUGUCACCAUCCUGCGCUGCGCCUCCAAGGCAGACGUCAUGUGCCGUCCAUUCCACGUCAGCUUCUCGCCGCCCGUGCAGCCGGACGGCCGCCCGACGGCCGAGGCGGCUGGAGAGGUGAUGGCACGGGUGCAGAGCGGAGAGGCAAUCAGCUUCGAGUGGAUGCACUGUGCUCUGGAUGGUUCACCCCUUCCUGUGCUGGUUAGAGUCAAGCACAUAGUGGCAGCGGGGAGGGACUGUGUGAUUGUGGUGUGGCACGAUAUGAGGGAGACAAAGAGGCGGGAGGAGGAGCUGAGGCAGGCUAAGGAAGCAGCAGAGGCGGCUAGUCGUGCCAAGACACAGUUUCUGGCGAACAUGAGUCACGAGCUGCGCACUCCCAUGAAUGGCGUGUUGGGGGUGGUGGAACUGCUACUAAGCUCGGGAGUGAGCAGCGAGCAGAGGGCGUUGCUGCAGGUCGUGCGGGCGUCAGGGGAGAGCCUCGUGCGGAUCCUCUCAGACCUCCUCGAUAUCACCCGCAUCGAGUCCCACUCGCUCGCCCUCUCCCCUGCGCCCUUCGGCCUCCACUCGGCCAUUGACAGCACUCUCGCGCUUAUGCGGGUUGUUGCCGUGAAGAAAGGGCUGCAGUCCCGCUCCCUCAGUCCCGCUCCCUCAGUUUCGCUCCCUCAGUUUCGCUCCCUCAGUUUCGCUCCCUCAGUUUCGCUCCCUCAGUUUCGCUCCCUCAGUCCCACUCCCACUCCCUCCACCCCUGCUGUCUCCACUCUGCCAUCAGCAGCACACUCCCUCUCACUCACGCUCCCAUCCCCCUUCCCCCCGCCUCAUCUCUCCCUCCUUUCCCAUUCCUCCCUUUCUCUCCUUGGGAUCAUACCAGCUGUCAGUGACCGUCCAUCCAUCCACACCACAGGUUUUGAGCCAUCCAUGAUCCGCUCCCUCAUCCUCAUCUCUCCCUCCUUCCCCGUCCAUCCCCAUUCUUCCCUUUUCUCUCCUCCUUGGGAUCAUACCAGCUCUGUCAGUGACCGUCCAUCCAUCCACCCCACAGGUUUUGAGCCAUCCAUGAUCCGCUCCCUCAUCCUCAUCUCUCCCUCCUUCCCCGUCCAUCCCCAUUCCUCCCUUUUCUCUCCUCCUUGGGAUCAUACCAGCUCUGUCAGUGACCGUCCAUCCAUCCACACCACAGGUUUUGAGCCAUCCAUGAUCCGCUCCCUCAUCCUCAUCUCUCCCUCCUUCCCCGUCCAUCCCCAUUCCUCCCUUUUCUCUCCUCCUUGGGAUCAUACCAGCUUGACCGUCCAUCCAUCCACGCCUCAGGAGGUGGUGGGCGAUGCAAUGCGGUUCCGCCAGGUGCUGCUCAACCUGCUUUCCAAUGCCAUCAAGUUCACUGAUAGAGGCUCCGUGGAAGUGCAUGUGACCAGGCUGCACGAACCACCCCCCUCACGUGUCAAUGGCAAGGCUGGUGGGGCGGGGGGUAGGCUCUGGGUGGAGGGGCAGCAGGAGGGGCAGCAGGAGGGGCAGCAGGAGGGGCAGCAGGAGCAGCAGGAGGGGCAGGAGGGGCAGCAGCAGAAGUCAGUGGUGUGGGUGCAGGUGAGGGUGCAGGACACGGGCAUAGGCAUGGCACCCCACGUCAUGCCCCACAUCUUCCACCCCUUCACUCAAGCUGACUCCUCCUCCUCGCGCCGCUUCGGAGGCACUGGGCUGGGCCUUGCCAUCUGUCACUCGCUCAUUGGCCUCAUGGGUGGGGAGAUCUCUGUGGAGAGUCGGCCUGGAGUUGGGUCGGCUUUCACUGUCUGUAUCCCGUUUGGAAAAGUUCAAAGGGAUGAGGUGGUGGUUGUGGGUGGGGUGGAUAAGCCUGCCCCAGAUGCACCUGCAGCUUCAAACCCACCUGAUCGAGAUCCAUCUGCUACAGGUCUACCUUCCCCAGCACUACCUGCCCCUGAACCACCCAUCUCAGGUCCAUCCGUCCCAGCACCACCCGCCUCAGAAGCACCUGCCUCAGAACCACCUACCCCAGGAUCAGAGACAAGCGCAUCACUCUCCAUGCUGGGUCUGUCAGUACGCCCUCCCCCAGUCCAACCUGCCGGCACCUCAGUUGAGCCUACACCCACUGCCCUGAACUCCCAUCAGGCUCAACACCCUUCGCCCUCCCUCCCUGCAACUCCCACUUUCCCUCGACCUCCUUUUCUCGCUGCUCCUGCCGCUGUAGCUGCACCUCCCAUUGUCCCCACACCUCCUCGUCUUCAUUCCCUGCAACCCACUCCAGCAGUCGCCUCCGUCCCUCCGUUUUUCCCACCCUCCCUUUCUCCUUCCCUCGCACCCUCCCUCGCACCCUCCCUCGCACCCUCCCUCGCACCCUCCCCCGCACCCUCCCUCGCACCCUCCCUCGCACCCUCCCUCACACCCUCCCUCACACCCUCCCUCGCACCAUCCCUCGCACCAUCCCUACCACCCUCACUGCCUACUUGUUCUGAACCCACUCACAGCACCACUCCCCCGCCUCCUCUUCCUCCAGAGGAGGGUGUGGGGGCGCAUGACAGACAACGACUUUUGGGGCGCCUCAAAUCCGCUGAAGCAGCAGAGGAGGAUGUGGAGGCGCAUGCUGGUGGGAACAGGAGAGGAGGAGAGGCAUAUGAGAUGGACCGGGAUGUCAAGAGAGCCUGUAUCAGGCAGCAGAGGGAUACUCAGGGGAAUGGACGAUGUUCAAAUGAAGAGCAAGCGCAGGAUAAAGAAUCACAGGAGCAGGAAGAGCAGGGAGAGGAGGGAGAGCAGGGAGAAAAGGGGGAGCAGGAAGGGCGGAGAGAGCAGCAGGGCAAGGGGCGUGGCACCAAGGAAGGAGAAGGGAAGACCUCGCCGUUUGAGGGGAUGAGGUGUCUGGUGGCAGAGGACAACAGGGUGAACCAGCUGGUGGUGACGCGCAUGCUGCACAGCCUGGGCGUGGCGUGUGACGUGGCUGUCAAUGGCCGUGAGGCUGUUGAUAAGUGCGCUCAGCGGGACUACGACCUUGUGCUCAUGGACUGUCAUAUGCCUGAGAUGGAUGGAUUUGAGGCAACGCGCCUCAUUCGGCAACAUUAUACUGAUCAGAAUAUGGUUCCAUACUUCAAUAGUAACGGCGCCAGCAGCGGCCUCGACUGCAGUGUAGCCGCCCCUGCUUCGGCUGCUGCAGCAGCUUCGCAGGACAAAAGCGACUACGGGCCGAUUCUGGGUUGGGCGCAAGCGGAGGAGGCGUUAUCUAAGGCGGGUGUGACUCUACCGGAGGACAUGCUGGCUCAUGUGAAGGAGCACGGCAUUGCGGAGCUGCUGCUGCAGCGAUACAUCGACCUGCAGGUGCGCGGAGGCAUUCUCGCCGCCGCCACUCGCGCGUUCUCUGGGUUGCGCGAUAGGCUGCUGGCGGAUCCAGCCUUCCUCUUCAAAGUGUUCACAGAGGUUGUGAUUGACUCUGGGUGUGCCACUUUUGCCGAAGUGCGGAAACGAGGAGACGAUUUCUGGAAGGAGUUUGAUCUCUAUAUGUCAGAUAUCCUCGUGGGAUUCGCAGUCGACGCUGCCCUCGUCAGCAUGCUCGCGCCCAUGGCUAGGUUCGGCAGCAGCGCCGCAGCUUCGGCAGCCCGAGGCAGGCGAGGCUUGGUGCCGCCGGGCCUGGCUGCAGCUUUGGAGGCGCUUCCCAGCAGCAUGUUUGAGGCGGCGCUGCCUGGGAGGAGAUACAGUGUGGUGCAGAGGGGUGCGACGUGGUUGGUGAAGGGCGGGCAGUAUGCUGUAGUGGGGUUCAGCUGUGGUCUGAUUGGCCAGGCGAUGACAACUGCUAUUGUGCUAAUCAAGCGGUGCGUGUUGGUUGCGGGUGGAAGGGGGGUGGAAAGAGGGGGUGGAAAAGGAGGGGAGAUGGGAUAUUCAAGAGGGAGGGAGAUGGGUGGGAUUCAGCUGUGGUCUGAUUGCCCAGGCGAUGACAACUGCUAUUGUGCAAAUCAAGCGGUGCGUGGUGGUUGGGUAAGGAAUCUGAGGAAGCCUGGGGAGCAGGAGGAGGAGGUCAAGAUCCUCAGCCUUAUGCCACUUCCCUGCGACUCACUUGUGGAAUCUGAGGGAGCCGGGGGAGCACGAGGAGGAGGUGAAGAUCCCGGGCAUGAUUCCCACCGCCUUACUCUGGGUGUCAUCCAACACGCGCUAUCCGAUCAUCAACGGCUUGGAGCGGCUCGUCGAGUCCUCACCCUUCCCCAUAUCCCCCGUUUUCCCUGCCUCCCCGCCCUUGCCAUGCCACUUCUGCCUCCCCGCCCUUGCCACGCCACUUCUGCCUCCCCGCCCUUGCCACGCCACUUCUGCCUCCCAGGUGGCUUCAUGGCAGUAUCAUCCAACAUGCGCUACCCCCUGUACAUGCGCUACCCCCUGUACAUUGUCAUCCAACACGCGCUAUCAGAUCAUCAACAGGCUGGAGCGGGUGGUGGAGUCUUGUUCUCCCCACGGCGAACUUUAAAUCCUACCCUUUCUCUUCCUAAAUUCCUCUUCACUGCAGGUGGAUUCAUGGCAGUGUCAUCUAACACGCGCUAUCAGAUCAUCAACGGGUUGGAGCGAGUGGUGGAAUCGUCACCAUUGGCCCGCAGCAUGCCCCUGGGAGCCCGCAUCUUCACUGUUCUCAUCCGCUUCAGCAACAACAUCUUCGGCAGCAGCCAGUUUGUCGAGGUCGCACGGUGGAGCGGCGUGCAGUAA